GCCGCCGUGUCCGAGCUGCGGAACUACCUCAGGUCCAACACAAUCGGCAUCGACCAUUCAGUUAAGACGCCCUUCGGGGUGCGAAGAUUGGUCUAUGGCGAUUUUACUGCUUCAGGCAGGGCGCUGAGAUGGAUUGAGGAUUUCAUCAAAGACAGCAUACUGCCGGUGUAUGGCAACACCCACACGCUGUCAACCGCCACGGCACGGCAGUCCACGUUUUUCCGAAAUGAAGCCAGGCAAAUCGUGAAGCACUACCUAAACGCGACUCACGAGGAUGCUCUGAUCUUCUGCGGCGCUGGGACGACAGGAGCAGUGCAGAAGUUCGUGACUAUCAUGUGCCGAGCCAAUUGGGUGCCCGCUUUUCAGGAUGUUGAGGCUGACACCAAUGAUGUUUCGGAUGGCUACUUGAAGGAGGACCGAUGGGGCAGCUUCGAAUGCAGCCUCUGUGGUGUGCGACUGAAAACUGAGGCGAUGUACCGCGCGCAUCGGAGCUGCGAGAUGCACCAAGCAAAACUGCUUUCAGAAAGGCCAAAGAAUCCCUUUGAAGGCGCUGCGGCUGCGAUCUGUUGA